AUGGUACAUAAUUAUAAACCAAAGCGACAAAAAAAUUAUAAUGCAGAAAUUUUUCAGGCUGCUCUGCAAACCAUUAUAGAUGGAGAAACUAUUUCAACUGCAGCAAAACAAAUUAAUAUUCCACGUACAACGUUGAUUGAUAAAUUACGGGGAAAACAUCAAACACAUUCUAUAGGUGGUAAAACAAUUUUCUUUAAAAAUCAAGAAGAAACUCUUGUUCAAAGGCUGCUAUAUAUGGCUGAUAGAGGGUUUCCUCUCACAAUAAUGUGGUUAAGAUCUGCUGCUUAUUUCUAUGCCAAAAGCUUGUGUAGACGUCAUUUAUUACAGAAGUCCAUUCCAAAAAGUUGGCAAAAUAAAUGUUUGGCAUCACGUGAUUGGUUUCUCUCAUUCCGAAAAAGGCAUACUCAGUUGACACUAAGAAUUCCUGAAGGGCUUUCUCGAGCAAGAGCAGAAGCAUUUAAUGAGAAUCGCGUUCAGACAUUUUUUAACGAUUUACAACCUUUUUAUGAACAGCUUGACAUAAAAAAUUAUCCAAAUUUGAUUUAUAACUGUGAUGAAACUGGCCUUUCAUCUGUGCCAAAUGUCUCUGUUAAGGUAAUAGCAUUAAAGGGUUCUCAUCAGGUACAAAAGUUAACUAUUGGUGAACGUGGCACACUAACAACAUACCUGGCUACUGUUAAUGCAGCAGGAGACAGCUUACCACCAUUUUUCAUAUUUAAGGGAACAAAGAUUCCAGAUGCAUCUAAAUUUCUUUUGGGUACAAAAGUGCAUUGUAGUCAAAGUGGAUAUAUUGAUCAAGAGAUUUUUAUUGCUUAUUUACAUCAUUUUAAUGAGUUUUGUACAAAAGUGAAUGGGAAAAAAGUAUUGUUAUUUUUGGAUGGCCACAAAAGUCAUGUGACUAUUGAAGCGAUUGAAUUAGCAAUAAAGAUGGAUAUUGAAAUAAUAGCAUUCCACCUCAUAGUACACAUCGCCUUCAACCACUUGACACACAUGUUAAUAAAGUAG